CGGCUCCCCCACAACGAGCCCCUCUCCGUCCGCCUGGGCUGGAAGUUGCGUCUGCUGGAGGCACCGAGGGAUCUUUUUGUCCUCCACCCGGAUCGGGUCGGGUCGUCUGCAGCGCGCAGGAGUUCCAGCCAGUGCACGCGGAUAAAAUGAGGUGAGCCAGUUGUUCAGAGAAGAAAUUACAGAAGAACAACAUGUCUGCUGUUAAAUUCAGCCUGCUGACCCUCCUCUUCCUCCUGCCUGCGGGUUCGAAGCAGCAGGUCCCGUCUAACUGCGUGAUCAAGAGGGAACAGGAGAAAUGCUUGGAGAUGAUGGCCUCAGAGGAACCCAGCUCUGAGUUUGACUGUCCAUGGUUUUGGGAUAAUCUCACCUGUUGGCAGCCAGCCAAAGUGGGUGAUGUCAUUGAGGUCAACUGUCCCGAACUCUUCUCUCAGUUCAUAAGCGAGGAAGACUACGAAGUGGGGAAGGUGAGCCGUAACUGCACUGCUUUCGGCUGGUCGGAGACCUUUCCUCACUACGUGGACGCUUGUCUGUACGAGGAAGGAAACAGCAGCCACCCGGACAUGUACUAUGUGUCGGUGAAGGCUCUGUACACGGUGGGCUACAGCACCUCUCUGGUGUCGCUCACCACAGCCAUGGUCAUCCUGUGCAGGUUCAGGAAGCUUCACUGCACCAGGAACUUCAUCCACAUGAACCUCUUCGUCUCGUUCAUCCUGAGGGCCAUUUCUGUCUUCAUCAAGGACGGCGUGCUGUAUGCUGAGGAGGACAGUGAUCACUGCUUCAUACACACUCUGGAGUGUCGAGCGGUGAUGAUUUUCUUCCAUUACUGCGUUCUCUCCAACUACUUCUGGCUCUUCAUCGAGGGUCUGUACCUCUUCACUCUGCUGGUGGAGACCUUCUUUCCGGAGAAGAGAUACUUCUACUGGUACAUCAUCAUCGGCUGGGGAACGCCGACGGUGUGUGUGACCAUCUGGGCCGUUCUGAGGAUGCAGUUCGAUGAUAUCGGGUGUUGGGACAUGAACGACAACGCUGCCAUCUGGUGGGUCAUAAAGGGACCGGUUCUGGCUUCCAUUAUGGUCAACUUUGUGCUCUUCGUCGGUAUCAUCGUCAUCCUGGUCCAGAAGCUUCAGUCCCCAGACAUCGGUGGUAAUGAGUCCAGCAUUUACCUGAGGCUGGCCCGCUCCACGCUGCUGCUCAUCCCUCUGUUUGGGAUCCACUACACCGUCUUCGCCUUCUCUCCGGAGAACGUCAGUAAAAGGGAACGUCUGGUCUUUGAGCUGGGUCUUGGAUCCUUCCAGGGCUUCGUGGUCGCCGUCCUCUACUGCUUCCUGAACGGAGAGUAUAUCCCUAAAGGUGCAAUCGGAGAUCAAGAGGAAAUGGCGCAGCUGGACGGUGAAUCGGUACUUUGCUGUGGACCUGAAGCACCGGCAUCCUUCCCUGGCGAGCAGUGGGGUGAACGGGGGGACGCAGCUGUCCAUCCUCAGCAAGAGCAGCUCCCAGAUCCGGAUGUCCAGCCUGCAGGCCGAGACUCCGUCCUGAGCAACGCCGUCGGUGACGCCUCCGCCAGACCUGACGACCCCAUCCCUCCCACCCUCGUCCCGAUGACCAACCUCACCAAACCCUUCGACAACCUGUACUCUGACGAAUCCGUGAUGGAAACCCAACUGAACUCCAGCGACCCGAAACAGCCCCUCGUCUGAUCCUGGACGAGCCAAAUCCAGAGUCGGUGAUCCAGGUUCAGCUGGAUGAAGGAACCUGGUGUUUCCAGGUCCAAACAGGAAGUGAAGACGCAUCACGUCCGUCUGUAAAUAUUGUGUUGGUGUUUUAAGUGGUCUGGUGCUACAGAAGCAGCUGUGCGGCACAAAGGGACCAGUUCAUGUUGGGUCUGUAGGGUGUGAUCGUUCAACUCCGUCAUUCCUCAAGUAGCCGCCCCUUGAUUUAAGGUGGAUCAGCUGGUGUAAAUACUUCAGGGGAAUCAUGUUGCAGAAACACUGAGGUGGUAAAUCUGCUCUGGAAGGAAAGAGUUAGAUGUAGGUGUUGCAUUCAACUCCAGACUGAAGUUUGGGAAUUAUCCGUGUCUGGAGUUCCUGAUUUUCCCAAAGCGACAGGAUUCAAAUUUCAUCCAAUCAGAGAAAGAGGAGGCGAGGCCAGUUUUUAUCUCUAGGCCUGAUUCCCAAACAGGAACUGUAGAUUAAAUGUGUUUAAUGUUUAAGCUGAGAACGAUCGGGUGAGUUUAACCCGAUCAGACGGACGAACGUCCAGCAGAAAGUUCGUAUUCAUCCAAACGUUUCCUACAGAAGCCAAAAGCCACUUUAGAUGUCUUUGUUUAGGUGUCUGUGAGAGCUGAGGUCCACGACUACGACCACUCGCCUCUACCGGACCUCAGCUCUGCACAGAACCCACCAGCAGCCGUUGGUACAGAAAAUGUCAAAAAAUCCAAAAUCUCUUUUUCUGCAUGUCGUUGCUUUUAUUGUGCAUUUUGUAUUGUGGGUGUUCAGUGUUUUAACUGGAUGCUGAAGCACACAGGACGUCUUCUGUGGAGAUUUAGGAGGUGAAGAACUUAGCUCAGAUUAAAACGACCUUUUGGAAGUGUUUCAUCUCCAUAGCUGGUUGUCUUCGGAGUGCCUUCAAGCACAAAACUAAAAUCCUGACUUCCUGUCGGUGAUUUGAAAGAUUUGUCAUUUUCCUUAAAAACAAAACUGCAAAUGAAGGAAAACAGGAAGUUCUUAAAGUGUGUGUUUUUUUCUUAAACUCUGAACACACGACCAGUUUGUGUUUUAAUACACAGACUCAAGGAUUUAAACACGUUUUACUGGUUUUGUUCGACUGAACUGUAAAAACAGCUGUUUUCAGAAGCUUUUAAUCUUCUAGUUAAACCAAAACAUUAUUGACAAUAAAUUUCACUUGUAAGUCGCUUUGGACAAAAGCGUCUGCUAAAUACAUAAAAAUAAAUUCUCUCAUGAAUACGCCUUUUUUCUGAGGGAUUAUAAGGUGUGUCUUGAUUAAUCAGUUCACUCUAAAUGUCCAGUAUUUUGAGCUUACUUUCCAUUUUUAUUUUGAGCCUAAAACAUGAAAACAUCUAAAUAAAUAUUCAGUUUCAUGUUUAAAGUAAUUUUUGACUUUUUAUUCCAGGUUUCAGUAUUUAAAAAACAGUCCGAUACUGAGAUCAAACCUGAAAUGUAUAUUUGUGUGGUUUAGUUUCAAUACAUAUAUCGUCUGUAUGAUGAUAAAACAUCAUUUUUAUUACUUUUUCCAGUUAUUUCUUAUUGACAUGCUUUAUUUUACUCUAUUUUAUUAUAAUAUUAAACCUGACAACAAAAAAUAAACUAAGUAAGAGCAAAAGCAUCUACUGAAAGCCAGGAUUUCUGCUUAAGUGGUGAUUAGGCCUUUAGAGCUUCGGUUAAAAACCACCUCAUUGUUCAUGUGUGCAAAAAUCUGAUCAUCGAAAAUCUUCUGGCACUGAUCCUUAACAGCCAUGAAACUCAGAGCUAAAGUAAGAAAGUAGCUUAAAAAAUGGGCUGCAGUACCAAAUUUGCCCACAGGAUGUCACACCUGCUUUACUCUUACAUGUUGAACAUGAAAAACGGAUGAAUUAUCUGAUGACCAACAUUAAAUUUAGGGUGUUUCUCAAUGCCAAGGAACCUUGCCUUGAUGUCUUGACCCCGCCCCGGUUGCCUACGUCAUCGGGAGCCGCCAAGACGUGUUCCAAUGUUCAUGUUCUACCGAGGCGUGUGCUCUCCGUUUGUUAGCCGUUUAGCUAGCUGAGCAAGGAUACGCGGGAGGUGUCUUGUAGCCUAGCCUUGGUCAAAAAUUACCCACAAUACACCACUGCAUUUUCUAAAAGAUGGCAGAUCAGAAGCCGGCAGCUACUUCAGGGACAAUUUUAAGUUUAAAAGUAAGUCAACUACUUUAAAAUGGUUUUUUUAGAUCCAAAGAAGUUAUCUACGGUUGGUUAGUAGCUUAGUAGUUGCAGCUUCGGUGGCUAGCGGGUAAUAACUCACUUAUAUAUUUAAUUUAAUAAACAUAUACACAAUUUUAAAAGUAAAAGUCUCGUUAUAUAUUUAUAUUGAAACUAAUACGUAUAAAAUAUAACGUUAUCUCCCGUGUCACGUGACGUUACGUGACCGCUGUGGAUGCCGCGGUCACGUGAUGCAAGUCUGUUGCAUUUAACCGUUUUCUUUGACCAAAGGACAUCGCCUCGCAAGGCCAGGUGCCUUGACAUUGAGAAACACCCUCAGACUUCAGGUCUUGAGAAGGUCUUUGUAAAUAACUAAAUCAAUUUUCUCCAAACGAGCGAAGGGCUGACCUGAAACUGUACCGUCGGCUGGUGCUGUUUGACCUCUGACCUGAAGUAAUAGCACAUCCAGCAGCAGCCGAAUGAGGGCUCGCUCUGAUUCAGUAUGAGGAAAAAGGGCUGGACAAUCAGUCCUGUCCUCUCUGGUUCAGUCCCACAUUUGUCCGCCAAUGCCAGGCUCUGGCGACAUGUUUCGGUUCUUUGAUUCGGACGUCUGAGCCUGGUUCUGCCCGUACUCUGUUGAUGUCACACACAUGUUGCUAUAACAUGAAGUAGUUUGUGGUAUGUGAAUGGUCUGUAGCCAAACAACCUGCAAACGUUGUAAAUGUUCUGUGAAUCGCUGCCCUUCUGAUUGUUAUGCUGCCUUCUGGUUCUGGUUUUUCUCGUGUUUAAGCCGAAGAUUUCCCAUCAUGCUCCUGCUUUCCCCAGCCGGCUGGUUGUGUUGAAUCAGAGCCACAGGUCAAGGUUUCAGAGCAUUUUGGGGAAUGUUGUGUUUCAGCUCCUGCAUGAGGCAGCAAAUAAGCUAAAUGCCUUUGGUUUGAUCUGAACUGUGAAGAGUUUUGUGAAUGAGCUUUUCCUUUGAAUGUUUCUGACAUGAGGAAAAGCACCGUGCCAUAAACGCUGCUGGACUCUUCCAUUUGGGUUGGCUUUGGCAGCAUGAAGAGAUUCUUCUUUGGUUUUGCGUCUUUGUACAUUUUGCAGGUUUGAAUCAGAGAAGAAACGGAGCUCAGAAGACGUUUCUGUUCUCAUGCCGAAUGUAUGAUUUUUCUUAUUGUUUCUGUGAUUUUCAGCUUCUUUUGUAUCUUCUGACAGUAUCUAAAAUAAAUGUUUUACUCGG